AUGGUUCAGUACAUCAAGCCAAUAACAUCUGAUCACGAUCUCAUCGCAUUAGCAAAACAUCUAAAUGUACAUAUCGAUCAGAUUCUGACUCUGCCAGAAAUUAAAUCUCGACUACCGGAUCAAGGAACAUAUAUAUUUCUUCCCCGAAGCGACGGUGGCGUAGGGCAUUGGGUCUGUCAGCAUAAUGGCAAAUACUUUGAGCCAAUGGGAGUUGGUCCCCCAAGAAUACUAGGAGAUCUAAAAUACAACGAAAAGAAGUUCCAAUCGACAUACUCGGAAUUCUGCGGGCCGUGGUGUAUGCUUUGGCUAUAUACUCAGCAGCACAGUGAGCCGGAAUUAUUGAGAACCUUUAAUAAUUUAGACACAGAUGCAAUUUAA